UGCCGGGGCAGCCACGUUCGGUUGAGCUCCAAGUAGACCAGCAGCGGCGGCGGCGGCGGCAGCGGCGGCGGCGGCAGCGGCGGUGCUGGAGGCGCAGAGGGCGGCGCAGGCAGAGCCGGGCGGCGGGCGCGCGGGCCACGAGCAGAGCGAGCGAGCGAGCGAGCUGCAGGCUCCGGGCGGGCGGCGGCACUGCUCAGGCCGAGCCGGCGCGGGAGGAGUUCCAGGGCGAUGGGGCCGCGGCCGGGGCUGACGCUUUGACAGCUGGAAAGAGCGCGGAGCCAGCGCCGGGGAGGGAGGGAGCGCGGCGAGAGGAGUGCGAGCGAGCGGGCAAGCGCCGGGAGGGGGCCGGGAGCAGGGCAGCUCGGGAGACCGGACGGUAGCGGCGGCGGCGGCGGCGGCGGCGGCGGGCUCGGCGCCCUCUUCUCUGCAAGCCAUGUUUGCCAAAGGCAAAGGCUCGGCGGUGCCCUCGGACGGGCAGGCUCGGGAAAAGUUAGCUUUAUAUGUCUACGAAUAUUUACUGCACGUAGGAGCACAGAAAUCCGCACAGACCUUCUUAUCAGAGAUUCGAUGGGAAAAAAACAUCACACUGGGAGAACCGCCGGGGUUUCUGCACUCGUGGUGGUGUGUGUUCUGGGACCUUUACUGUGCAGCCCCUGAAAGGAGAGACACUUGUGAGCAUUCGAGUGAAGCAAAAGCCUUUCAUGAUUACAGUGCAGCAGCUGCCCCAAGCCCUGUGCUUGGCAACAUUCCCCCCAAUGAUGGGAUGCCCGGAGGCCCCAUCCCACCAGGUUUCUUUCAGGGUCCUCCGGGGUCACAGCCCUCGCCGCACGCACAGCCUCCACCUCACAAUCCCAGCGGCAUGAUGGGACCCCACAGUCAGCCUUUUAUGUCACCGCGAUAUGCAGGCGGCCCCAGGCCCCCGAUCAGAAUGGGAAACCAGCCUCCAGGAGGAGUUCCUGGGACACAGCCAUUGCUGCCCAAUUCUAUGGAUCCCACACGACAACAAGGUCACCCCAACAUGGGAGGAUCAAUGCAGAGAAUGAACCCUCCCCGAGGCAUGGGACCCAUGGGUCCUGGCCCACAGACUGACCCUUGGUUAUCGUUGCAGAAUUACGGCAGCGGCAUGAGACCACCACCCAACUCCCUCGGCCCCGCCAUGCCUGGGAUUAACAUGGGCCCAGGAGCCGGCAGACCCUGGCCCAAUCCUAACAGUGCUAACUCAAUCCCAUACUCCUCCUCAUCGCCCGGUACCUAUGUGGGACCUCCUGGUGGUGGCGGCCCUCCAGGAACCCCCAUCAUGCCUAGUCCUGCGGAUUCAACAAAUUCCAGUGACAACAUCUACACAAUGAUUAAUCCUGUGCCGCCUGGAGGCAGCCGGUCCAACUUUCCAAUGGGUCCCGGCUCAGACGGCCCAAUGGGAGGCAUGGGUGGCAUGGAGCCGCACCACAUGAACGGAUCCUUAGGAUCAGGCGACAUAGAUGGACUUCCAAAAAAUUCUCCUAACAACAUAAGUGGCAUUAGCAAUCCUCCGGGCACCCCUCGCGAUGACGGCGAGUUAGGAGGGAACUUCCUCCACUCCUUCCAGAACGACAAUUACUCCCCCAGCAUGACAAUGAGUGUGUGACCCCCCCCUCCGAGACGCUGAGAGCCGGCAUUGCAGGCAGAAGAUGCCAGAAAUUAUGCAAGAAGAAGUGAGGCGUCACCACCAGGAGCUGGGGGAGGGCCGUCUCCUGCUCCCCUCCGUCCCUCCCAUCCGCUCCCCCACCUUUCCCGAUUUUAGUUUCAUGCAAUAAAAAGGCCAAACUUUUUAUUCCAUAAAACAUGAAGGACAGAACUCAAAAGUGAUAUUUCAAGUCAACAACCAGAAAAAUCCCACCCUCUCCCGGCCCAAAAGGACCUUUCUGUACAUGACACUUUUUUGUUGGGUUAUUUUUGUUUGUUUGUUUGUUUGUUUGUUUUUUGGGGAUUUUACCGUUGCUGGGAUUUUUAAUUUGUUUUUGAGGGGGGGGAUUCUUUUGGGGAAUUUUUUUUAAUGGAAGCUUCUAGCAAGCCCUGUGCCCCUCCCCCAAUCAACCUCUUUGCUUUCUUCUUUAAAAAAAAAAAAGAAAAGAAAAAAAAAAGGAAAAAGAAAAAAAAGGCAAAACAAAAAAAAAAAAAAAAGGAAGAAAACCCCAGAAGACCUGCUGUCUGUCCCCAAGACCUACCACCAGAAAAGCUGGUCUAGGUGCGCACUACCACGCUGACGUCGUAGCCAUCUGAAAAUAAGAAUAAACUGGACAGUUUGCAAUCGGUGGUUUCUUUCAAAAGCUGUUUGGGGAAAAGGAACCAAAGUCAGCCGUUUCUGCAUUGGCCUUUUGGGGUUUGCGCUGGGCGAGGAGAUGCAGGUGUCCACUUUGCUCUGGUUUGGCUGGCCGUCACAGCACCUCGCCAAGCCCUGCCCCCCCCCACCCUGUGGCCAGAGGGUCCAGAGCACCUGGCCUGCUGUCGCCCGACAGACCAUCGCUGUGACCCAGCGUGCACUGUUCCAAGAUGGCUGCCUCUUCUCCAGACCUCUCAUGCCCAGCCACUGGGGCCUUCAGUCCCUUGGUCCCCACCGUCUCCUUGGCAAGCAUCCUGCUGGCUGGGUAGCGGCCCAGGCAGGGUAGGAGAGGCCCCACCGACAGGAUGGCUGCGAUCCGGGACGUAGGACAGACCUCCACGUUCUGGCCCCGAGGUUCUCACAUAGUGCGCACUGGCAGGGCAGGCAAAGUUGUGUUUUUCUUUUCUUUUUUUUUUUUUUUUUUUCUCCCGUUCGUCCCUUUUCAAAGAUGGGUAUCGGUUGGAAUUGCUCUGUAUUUGCUUGGAACUGGAUGGACAGACUUCGGCAUCGCUGUGGGGGUGGGGGGAGCGCCAGCAACCAAACAGACACUGUUUCUGGUCCUGUUUUUAUUUUCAAAAACCGACAAACCCGGUGGUGGAGCCCGCCCCCUCCGAGGAGGGGUGACUUGGCUGCCCUGGCCUUGCCCCGUGGCAACCUCUGUGUCUCGGCCUGGAAGACACUGAAUUCUUUGUACAUUUACACCCUCCUCACACCCCGCCCACCCUUGUAGCUGGUCUUUGUUUUCUUACCUCCCUUUUCUGACCCAUGUAUAUCAUAUUAUGUGAGAUACCAUCUGCCUGAAAAAAGACCUUGUGCGGAUUCUUGGGAACAUUGUAGCUGUUUCUGUGUUUUUUCUUACCUUGUAGUCUGGUUCUGAAUUAUGAGAGGAAAAAAAAAAAGUAAUUAUGAUACAUUGUAGUUUGUGUACGAUAUAUGUUGAUAACGUUUUAUUAAAGGGACAUCUUUUUUCCGCA